AUGUUCAUAUUGCCGGCGUUUCAAGGCGAAGUGGAGCACACGCUGACCUUCACUUUGCCAGUGACAGAUCCAAUUCCUCCGAAUUAUUGCAUUCGAGCGAUUUCCGAUCGGUGGCUGCACUCGGCGGCGUCUCUUCCGAUUUCUUUUCGCAAUUUAAUUUUGCCGGAAAAGCCGCCGCCGCAUGCAGAGCUGCUGGACUUGCAGCCGCUGCCGGUGUCUUCUUUGCAUGAUAAAAAGGCCGAGGAACUCUACAAGAAAGAAGGCAUUAAAGCCUUCAAUCCCAUUCAGACUCAGGUCUUUUCCACUUUGUACUCGACCAACGAGCCAGUUUUGUUGUGUCUUCCGCCGACAAGUGGCAAAGAGAUUUGCAUUGAGUUUGCAAUUUUGCGAAUGCUGAAGACGGAGCCGGCGAGUGCCUGGAAAGCCGUUUACCUCGCGCCCUACGCCUCCGUAGUUCAGGAAACUCUGCGUCAGUGGAGUUCCAAGUUGGGGUCGGGUUUGGGCCUCAAAAUCGCGGAACUCACCGGCGACUUGCAUGCAGAUCUCAAGGCAAGUUCUUCUUUUCAUUCUUUCCGUAUUCUGGAACAGUCCCACAUUGUGUUGUCGACUCCGGAGAAGUGGGACUUUUUGUCUCGGCGUUGGAAAACGCGCAAAGUGCUGCAGUCCAUCCGCCUCUUGAUGGUGGACGACCUGCACUUGCUGAACUCUCCAGUCGGCGCCACUCUCGAAGUCUGUCUUUCUCGCAUGAGAUAUAUUUCUGCGCAAUUGCCGCAGCCUGUGCGGAUUGUGGCUUGUGCGAAUUCUCUUUCAAACGCCAAAGACGUGGCGGACUGGCUGGGCGUCUCGGCCACUGGCCUGUUCAACUUCCACCCCAGCGUGCGCACUGUGCCGCUGGAGAUUUCGCUGCACGGCUUCGACGUUUACAACAGAGAGGCGCGGCUGCUGGCGAUGUCUCGGGCGGUGCACCAGGCGAUAAAGCUGUACACGGCCCCGAGCGAGGGCCGCAGCAGCAGCAGCAGCAGCAGCAGCAGCAGCAGCAGCAGGAAACUCAAGAACGUCUUGGUCUUCUGCUCCGACAGGAAGCAGUGCAGACUCACCGCCAUCGAUCUGCUCCUCCAAACCGCCGCAGACGACCAGCCCAAGAAGUACCUCCACAUGUUGCUGGAGACUUUGUCUUACGGCGUGGGCCUUUUCCACGCGGGUCUUUCUGCUGCUGAGCGGCUGCUGGUGCAGCAGCUGCACAGCAGCGGCGCCAUUCAAGUUGUUGUUGCAGCCCAAGAGGCCGCUUGGGGCCUCCAAAUGAGCGCCCAUUUGGUCGUUCUCGUCGACACCAAACGCUUCACGGAAAACGGAUACGAAGACUACCCGAUCGCGGACGUGUUGCAAAUGCUGGGCCGGGCGACGCGGCCGGGGGUGGACCGGCACGGGUUUGUGGUGUUGUUGUGUCCGUCGAGCAAGCGGGAGUUUUACAAGAAGUUCAUUUUCGAGCCUUUGCCGGUGGAGUCGCAGCUGGAGCAGCACUUGCAGGACCACUUGAACGCAGAAGUGGUUUUGAAAACAGUUGAAAGCAAACAAGACGCAAACCCCAACUACUACGGACUCCAGGCCGCCUCCCACCAACACCUCAGCGACUUUCUCUCCGAACUCGUCGAGUCCGCCGUCCACGCCCUCGAGCAGGCGCAGUGCCUCGCCGAGAAAAACGAAGUCGACCUCGAGCCCCUCAACUUGGGGCUUAUCUCUGCCUUUUACUACGUCAAAGUGGCCACUAUUGUCGACCUCGAGCCCCUCAACUUGGGGCUCAUUUCUGCCUUUUACUACGUCAAAGUGGCCACUAUUGAGCUCUUUAAUCGCUCGCUUUCCCCCACUUCGAAGCGAAGAGCUCUCUUGGAAAUUCUCUCCGCCGCUGCGGAGUUUUCGUUUUUGCCGCUUCGGCCCGGCGAAGAUUCGCUGCUGCGGACUUUGGCGCAGCGGCUGAGUCUCAAAGUGCCGCCGAGCGCGGACUUCGCCAAAACCAGCACCAAGACUCUGAUUCUCCUCCACGCGCACUGCCAGCGGUGGAGCCUGCCCAGCGACCUUGCUGCAGAGCAGCAGCAGCUGCUGCUGCCCGCGCUGCGGCUGCUGCAUGCGCUGGUGGAUGUCACUGCCAGCAACGGCUGGCUCUUCCCGGCUCUUGCUGCAGUCGAGCUCGCCCAGGGCCUCGUCCAGGCGCUGCAGCAGCACGGCCAGGGGCCCCAGGCUUCGCCGCUGCGCACUUCACGGAAGAGCUCGUCAGGCAGGCCAAUGGGGGUUUUAGUGGGGUUUUAA